GUGACCAGCUGGUAUCGCGAACAGCUGUUUUUGUUUACGCGGUAUUAUUAUCCAACAAAUUUUCCGAUGUUUUGCGGCAAGAGUUUAGUUAAUAAUUUCUACAAAUAUAAAAGAAAAGUGUGGCAGAAUGUAAUCCCAAUUGCACAGCGCUGCAAGGGAACUUACCACCCUCCGAAAAUUCUUUUUUUCGGGACCGACAAUUUUUCCUUGCCCAGCUUACAGGCGUUACACAAAAACUGCGGUGACCGUUUGGGAGUUGUUACCUCCUUCAAAAGUCCCGCCAACUGUGUGAGGACCUACGCGGAAAAGGAGAAGCUUCCCCUGCAAAAGUGGCCCAUAGAUCCUUCUGUGUGUCCGCAAUUUGAUCUUGGUGUGGUGGUCUCCUUUGGCCACCUGAUUCCUGCUAAUAUCAUCAAUGGAUUUCCUCAUGGAAUGAUCAAUGUUCACGCUAGUCUAUUGCCCAAAUGGCGGGGAGCUGCUCCCAUCAUAUAUGCCAUCAUGAAGGGAGAUGCCAGCACUGGAGUUUCCAUCAUGAAAAUCGAACCUCACCGGUUCGAUAUCGGUGAUAUUUUAGCUCAGCGGGUAGUGGAUAUUAAGCCCGAUGUCUUCAUGCCGGAUCUGCAUGCAUCCUUGGCGACGCUAGGAGCAGAUUUACUUGUGGACACUGUUAACAAUCUAUCAUUAAGACUUAAGGAAGCCAAACCCCAAGAUAGUACAAGGGCCAGCUAUGCUCCCAAGAUCACCAGUAAAAUCACAGAAAUUAUCUGGUCCGAGCUUAGUGCCUUUGAAAUAUACACUCGUCACCGAGCUUUGUAUGGCUACAAAAACCUAACAACCAGCUUUUUAGGCAAACAAGUCCAACUGCUGGAGUUGCGAUUACCGGAGAAGGGAGUUCCAGUCCAAGAACCUGGUGUCAUCAGCUACCUGCGGAAGUCGAGAUCCCUCAUAAUCGGAUGUGCUCAGCAGAGCCAGUUGGAAGUGCUUCAGUUACGCGUGGAAGGUAGAAAACCUAUGAGUGCCCAGGACUUUAACAACGGCUUCCUGAAGCAGGCAAGGUCCUUAUCCUUCACCGAGAAUAAACUAGCAUCGAUUUGAUAACGAACGUGUGGAUUUAAUGCACAAUGGAUGCUUAGUAUCUAGGCCAAGUCGGAGGGCUUGACUUCCUUGGUUUCGGACAAUUGCUGCGUGGAUUUUUGGAGCAGAUUCUUGGUGAACCACAUGGGACGAGGCUUCUUCAUCUCCACGAUGCGCUUGUUUUUCAGAUCAUCUGUGGACUGUUCGGCCUUCUCGCCUUCAUAAAGAACAAUUACUUCCUUGUCCACGGGAUCUAGACCGAGUGUCUCCUGGAUUUUCGACUGCAUGAGCUCCGUCUCCUUCAGGACUUUUUGGUAGCAGAAGGCUGAAAGAGUAACAUUAACGGGGGCUACCUCUUGGUACUCUUUUAAGGCUACUCACGACAAAGAACUCCCAUCUCGUGGUCAUGGCCACAUUGCAGACAGGAGCGGAGGUUUCUCUUCUCCCUCAGAGGCUUCCAGUUGUAUUCCGGAUGUCCGAACUUCCGCUUCAGGCGUUUCUCCACGGACCUCCUGUGCUUCGGAACAGCCCACAGCAUUCCGUCGCCAAUAAGCUGCUUCAAACUGAAUUCCGUGGAGGAUUUUGGGCUGUGAUCAUGCUGAAAACCGGCCAACGCCAGAGCUGUGUAGAAAGUGGGUAAGUCAGGGUAACUUUUACUUGGGCUGGUGCUUCUCACCAGGCGGGUGUCCUCCAUGUGGCAGGAACAGGCUCUCUAGGUUCCUAAUAAAGUUUGUAAUUGAUAAAAACAAAUUUCUAGACAUCUUGUUACUUGCUCUUCUGAAAUUUACGUAAACGUGAUUAGAGAUGCGCAAGAGGAAACAGCUGUGCUAUCGAUAUGUUUAUAGAAAAACACCUUGUCACCUUACGUUGCCCACCUCUAGUGCUACGUUUUAGCCGGCUGCCUUGCGUCACCGCGCACGUUGCAACCCUAAACAGCUGUUCGCAGCAGCUGUUCUGCACUGUUACGUCAAAAUAAAGUAGUGAAAAGGUGCAAAUUGCGUGCGAGUUAAAUAAAAACUAUUUGCCAGGCCGGAAAACGCGUUUUCAUCGGGAUCUUCGAGCGUCCCAGUUGUUGCGGAACAUGAGGACACUGGCGGGACUGGAUGGUAGUGGCGGUAGUGGCCAUAGGACCUCUGUGAGCAACGCUUGAGUCCGAAUAUAUAUCCCUCCAAUAGUGUGACCCACAGGUAAACUGGGGUCAUCCAAACAGACCUCGACCCCCAGUGACUGCAAAACCGCGUGGCUGGCUUAGCCACCGAAAUCCCCGUUCAAGUUCAAGCCGAUCUUACCUUCGUGAGCGAUCGUUUCCACCACAGUCGGCCAGUGGGAUUCCCACCACACCUGACCGCGCGCACGCGCAUCGAUUCAAAAAUCCACAAAAAGCGAAAACACUUCGCUGGAGCUGCUGAAGCCAAACGCAAGCAAACCGCGCUUCGCCGUCGCCUCGAAAUCGCCAGUCCAUCGAUACCCCGAAAUCGCCACGCAAUCGCGCGUUUUUCAAAUCCUGCGAGCCUGCAAAAAACAUAAACAAAACCCACUAUAAUGCUGUUCACCUGUUGAAUUCUGUGCCUGUGUCUCGAUCAAGAAGCUGCAUCCUGCCCUUCCCAAAA